CCUAAGCUCCACUCAGUAAACCUUCACUGCUGAAGAAGCAGCAUGUCAGCCAGCACGAUCUUCACUACCUCCAAUUUCUCAUCUUUUCACCUCCCACUUAAUUCUCAUAAUAGAAUACCACCCCAAAAGCACCACUUACUUAAUUCGCCGAGACUUUGCAAGGAAAUUUGGGGGAAGAAUGGAGCCAUUUCCACGAAGCACUUGCAGUUGCACAAAUUUGAAAAGGGUCGUUCCCAGCUUAAAAAAUUAUGUUGUCACAGUUCUUUAAAUACUGAACAAAACCCGCAAGAACCCGUAUUUGAAAACGAAGUUUCUUCUGAGGAUGAUAAGAAUGGGGGUGAAGGAGGCGAGGAAAGGGACUGGACAUCGUCGAUUUUGCUAUCUGGAUUGUAUGCUGGGCUUCUCUACUAUGUUUUCAUUCUUGCGCCUAACCAAACGCCGUCGACAGAUACGUAUUUUGUGAAGAAACUCCUUAAUGUGAUAGGAGAUGAUGGGUUCAGAAUGAACGAAGUGCUCGUGGCUCUGUGGUAUAUCAUGGGGCUGUUUCCAUUAGUUUACAGUAUGUUGCUACUUCCCUCUGCUAGAAGUGAGAAAGGCAGUCUUCCGGUCUGGCCUUUCCUCGUUCUUUCAUUCUUUUUGGGUGCAUAUGGUUUGAUUCCCUAUUUCAUUCUUUGGAAGCCACCUCCCCCACCUGUUGAUGAAACUGAGAUCAAGAGUUGGCCCCUGAACUUUCUGGAGUCAAAAGUAACUGCUGGGAUUACAUUGGCUGCAGGUUUGGGUUUAAUUGUUUAUGCCGGUUUAUCAAAUGGGGAUGUCUGGAAAGAGUUCCACCUGUAUUUCAGAUCCAGCAGAUUUGUAAGUUUCUAUAUUCUCGGUGUUGUAUUUAAUUAUUCUCUGUUAUCCUGCUUGCGAUAAGAGGGUAAAAUUUGAAAACAUAAUCCUCCGAAGUUGUUUACUGGGUUCAUUGCAAAUGUUAUUUGGCUGUUUUUCUUUUCAUUUUCCUUAGUUUCCAGUUUUCUCUAUUGCAGAGAAAUUAUUUCAUAGUUGUAGGUGGAGGUGUUUCCUGUAUGUCACAAUAACAAGUUUUUAUCCUAGAUGGUCAUCAUGAUUGAUAUAGAAGGUUUCAAUCACCUACAUUACAAUACAUUUUUCCUUCACCUCUUCCUAGCUGUAUGGCAUUUAGCUAUUUCGUGUAGUGAAUUCCUGCUACUGGACUCUUAUAAUGUGCAUUUUCUGCUGCACUACCUUGUGUACUUUGAGGAUAUACAGCCGGCAUCAGUGUUUUAGGAGCUGUGUUCAGUGUCAAUGCAGGGAUUCCGUGCGUAUCAUGAGACGGAGACUUGCUUAACUUGUUUAGAAACCAGUUCUGAUGGGAAUUCUUAACAAAUGGUAUAACAAUCAAGUGAACUCUAUGAACAUCAGCGGAUUUGUAAUCAGCAUCAUUAUGAUUUUUAGUGCUAGUAUCUCUGAUAAGUGACUUGGGGAAAGUUUCUUCUCUUUGGAAGCCUCAAAUAGCUGCUUAUAUCUCUUUUUCGUGAACCUGAGCCAGUAUUGUGUACUGCAGAUACAUGCCAUGAGCAUUGAUUUUCUUCUGUUAUCAACUUUUGCUCCCUUCUGGGUGUACAAUGACAUGACUGCUCGGAAAUGGUUAGCUCUCAUUCAUUCAUUACAUUUCGUGUGUGGGAAUUUACAGCUUUCGUUUUGAAUGGAUCAUAUAUAUUACUGAUAACAAAGUUAAACCCUAAGAAGACAAGUUAAUUUUUUAUGUAGGUAUGAUAGAGGUUCGUGGCUUCUUCCUGUAUCACUGCUUCCAGUUGUGGGUCCUGCAGUGUAUAUCCUCCUACGGCCUUCCCUCUCGGCCAUGCCAGCGUUAACCAACCAAAGCACACCAGAAGAAUGAUUGUAAACUUGUGAAGUUUGGGAAAUAGUAUUCACUAAUAGGUGAAGUAUUUCCGAGCUAUUAUAGUGGCAGUUGAAGAGUGAGAGCUAGCGAGUUUAGUUGUCACUCGUCAAAUAUUGACAAGAAGUUCACCCAAGCAAACUGCUGGAAGUUUAAAGGUCAGAUUGGAUAGCAGUAACCCAUACUUCAAUGAAUGAAUGACGGAGAAAAUGUAUGUUUUGGUUCAUACACAGCGUGAAGAUUUACGGAGCUUGCUUCCUUUUUGCUGUCUCGAAAUAUGUGUUUGCAUUUAUUUUACCAAUAUCCAAAGUUUCAAAGUCAUAUUGAGAAGAAAAAUGUAUGAUCAUCACGACAUUCGCGUUAUAUAUUCACUGAAACCGUAGAGAUUUGAUUUUUUUUUCUCGACUACUUUGCUUUUAAUUGUAGUACGAGAUUACAGUAAGGCUUGAGCACACUGUGACACUAAACAUAUACCUAUUCAGUAGAGUCUGGGCGAAUUUUUCUUCUCUUAUUACAACUUUUUUUUACCAGUAUAUAGAAUGCGUUUCAAGAAAC